UCCAAAUCAAAAUCAGCAAUGGCAAGUCCAAAAUCAGGGAGUUCAGCAAGGGCAAAAUGCAAUCCAGAAUGCACUUCAAGCACCUUCAAGGUUAAGUUUGACCCAAGGAAGUUCUAAUAACUCUUCUAAUUCUGAUUCACAACAGAAGAUGGAUGAAUUGCUGCAACAAAUUUUGCAACAGCAGCAAUUAUUUUUACAGCAACAGCAACAUCAACAAAGGACAGAUUCAGCUUUGCAAAAUCUUGAAAGACAGAUUAGCCAACUAGCAACGAACUUAAAUCAAAUGCAAGCUCAAGGUUCAAGCAAACUACCUUCUCAAACAAUGCCAAACCCAAAGAAUGUGAGUUCGUUGACUCUUCGAAGUGGAAGAACCAUAACCGAACCAAUGAAGAAUAUUCCAAUUGGAUCAGAUUUUGUUGCACCAGUAUCGGAUUCACCAGAUCUUGCACCAAGAAAUUUGAAUUCAGAAUCCACUCAACCAGUACAUAACAGUGGAAGAAAUACAGCAGAACAGAUUUCAACAGAUUUUGGUUCAGCAGAACAAAAUGACUCGCAAUCAGCUCCAAUUUCAGCUCAAAAUGUAGAGAAAGAAUCACAACAGCAAGGUACUGAGAUUUCUGCUCCUUUACCUUUUCCUCAAAGAAGAAUCCAGCAAAAGAAACAUGUUGAGGAAGAGAAAGCUAGGGAAUUUCAAGAACUUGUUAAUUUGUUUAGCAAAGUGGAGGUGAAUGUGCCCUUGUUAACCAUGAUAGAGCAAGUUCCGAAAUAUGCAAAAUUUCUCAAGGAUGUAUGUGUGCAUAAGAAGAAAUUAAAGGGAAAUGAAUUAGUUAGCAUGGGAAAAAAUGUUUCUGCUCUUAUUCGACCUAUUCCUCAGAAGUGUGAUGAUCCAGGAGUUUUCACCGUGCCAUGUACUAUUGGAAAUUAUGUAUUUGAGGAUGCUAUGCUGGAUUUAGGAGCUUCUAUUAAUGUAAUGCCGAAAUCAGUUUUUCUAUCAUUGGGUAUUGGUCCUCUACAGCCUACGGGAGUUGUUAUUCAGUUAGCCAACCGUAGUCAGGCUCAUCCAACUGGAGUGAUUGAGAAUGUUUUGGUUAAAGUGAGUGACCUUAUAUUUCCAGCUGAUUUCUACAUUUUGGAUAUGGAAGGCGAUGUAUUAAUGAAUAGAGCUCCAAUUAUUUUGGGAAGACCGUUCCUUAAGACUGCCAGAACUAAGAUUGAUGUGCAUGCUGGAACUUUAUCUAUGGAGAUUGCUGAUGUAGUUGUUCAAUUCAGUAUUUUUGAUACGAUGCAACAAAAGAAGAACCAUUCUAUUUUCAGUGUUUAUAAAUCCGAAUGGCUGGAUACUAUGAAUUUUAUUGAUGCGGAUUAUGAUGAAAUUGUUUCAGGCUCUAAUGAAUUGGGUUGUGAAUCUAAACUUCCUGGAGGUUGUAUUGAUAACAGGGAAAUAGUUGAGGUAAGAUUUGAUUGUGGUCAAACUUCUGUGGAUGAAUCGAUAAGUGUAGGGGAUUGCAUGGAAGCAUUACCCCAAGAAUCACCUAAAUUGGAUGCAAGUGAAGAUAGUGUAGGGACUUGUGCUAUGGAGCCAAGCACCCAAGAAUCACUACCAUUUAUUGUACCUUCAUCAGAACUAGAUAUUGAAUCACAGGAAAUUUCAAAGGACAAUGCAGAAGAAGUUGUGGAGCCAGUGAGACAAUCAAAGGAAUUAACUAACCAAUUGAACUCUUUUUGUGUUAGCAAUAUUUUUUCUAAUGGUGUUAUUGAGAUGCAGGAGGUGUCUACUGGUCAACCCUUCAAAGUGUAUAGCAACCAACUUAAGAAAUUCCUUCGGGGGAGGAAAUGAUGCAGAGUGGACAAGGUGGACAAUAAUGAUGCAAUUCACCAAAAUCAAAGGGGAGUUCGUUCCAAUUUAGCUUUUAUUUUUGUUUUCACAAAUAAUAAGUCUUUGCUUUCACAACUUAGUUUUUAGUUCGUUUCUUUUAGCUUGCUUAGUUGCUUAAUAAAUUCUUUGUUUUCAAAUAAUAAGUUUAGUAUAAGGGAAUAAAUUCUUUACUGUUUACAAUUCCCUUAUAGAAUAAAGUUUGAAUUUGGAAUUAAAAAAUGGUACCCCCUUGACAAUUUUUCUAUAACAUGUUAGAAGUAAGGAAUGUGAGCUAGAUUUGAGAAUCUAUUUUGGGGCUUAAUGUCAAUAAUGGAUUUUUAAUUUUCUUAAGGUUUCUACUUAGUAAUGGACACUUGAUUGGUAAAUUGGAUUGAUACUUUUUCAUGCCUAGUGAGGAUGAGCCUUAAUUGAGUGAUGCACUUGUGUUAUUGCACUCUAGAACUUGCUUUGAUUCUUUUAAAAUCACAAUUCAAUGGAUUGAAUCAUGUUUAUGAAGGUAAAUAUAUUUGUUUCUUUCUUCCACACAAAACCUUUCUAUUCUUUUUGUUAAUCGUCAUAUCAUUUUAUAUUCUCUCAUUUCUUAAUCUUUUGGAUGUGGGUACUUUGUUUGUUAUAUGAUGAAUUAUUUGGCCAAGAUGAACAAGGAUUUAAGUGUGGGGGAAAUGUGAAGUGGUUUUGAAUGUUUGGAUGCAUUUAUUAAUGGCUGAAAUUUAAAUUCAAGACAAUGAUGUAGUUUGUAAUGGAAAACUUAAAAAUUUACAGAAUCAGGAAGAGAAACAAAUUCAGCUAGUGCAAAAGCAGUAAUGUAUUAAAAAUUUAGAAGCAGUAUCGAGAGGAAAAUGCAGCAUCAAUGGUGUGCCAAGAUCUAGAAUUAAAUGAGAAACAAUUGUGGAAAGUUGUACAUUAUUUGGAGCUAGGAAGUUUAAUUAGUUUAAUGAUGGGAAGUUCAGAGGUAGGAAUUGUGCAGAAUUGUGAAAAUUGAGAGCUGUCUAAUGGAAUUGAAAUAAGGGAUUAAAGGAAGGGCAAACCUGCACACUGCUAUGAGCAAUAGUUGAAACUGAUAAGUAUGUAUCAACUUAGUAUUGCUAACAUUUCAAUUCGUUGAGGAAGCAUUUGAAGGCAUUGUGCUGUUGGAAACAAUUUUGAUGACAUUUUUACUUAUCAGUUUAAGUAUCAAUAUGUUCAUAAAUCUGAUUCUGAAAUUGUAGUAAACAUGCUGGUGGAAUGUAGCAAUAAUUCUUACAGCUAUUGUGAGUCAGAGAAGAAUUGUUGUGACAUGAAUGAAAAUACUUAAGUUGUGGUAGCAAUUAAGACUAAAUUAAUUGAAUAUCAGUUGACCUUAGAAUCAGUGAGAAAUCAAAUGAAGUUUAUAUAACUGCAGUAGCACUGAAGCAAGUUGUUUGUUGUUCAGCUGAAAACAGCAGGAAAUUGGACGUGAGAAACUAAAAUUCUGGGACAGGAUGAGGAUAACUUGGAGAAGUUUUGAUUAAGAAGUGUAACAAUAAUGAAGUGAAAAGGGGCUGAAGAAGAACAAAUGAGGAAACCUGAAUUAAUCAGAUUGCAGAAAACAGAUUCCAGCAGGAAACCCAAGUUCCAGCAAACCUGAAAAUUCAGGAUAUCAGAAUGUUGUUCAGAAAGAUUCAGAACCAAGCAUUCCAUUGUCUUUUCCUCAACUAAAAACUCAACCGAGGAGGGAUGUAUGAAGAAGAUUGGAAUGGUUCAAGAUUGGGAAGAUCAAUUGCUUAAUGAUUGUUUAUGUUAAGGAUUUCUUGUGCCAACUAAUAAUUCUAUUUCUGGAUAGCAAGGUUUUAAAUCUAAGCUCUUAACGUUGCAAUGCUAAAUAGAAUCAUCCCUUGAGCUUAAUCAUGUAUAGAGCAAGAUUUAACAGCUUUUAAUUUUGAAAAUUGAUACUAUGGUGAUACAUUCAAAUCUGUAAAUGGCUGAAAUCUGUAGAAACAUAUUCAAAUUAGUGAGGUAAUGCAGUAACAAUGAGCUGCAGUGAUAUGUGUGGAUCAAUAUUCUUCAUUGACUUGGAUUAAGAGUGGUUUGAUUAGAGAAGGACAAAAGUUGAACUUUGAAAUGAAAUCUGUAAGAAAUGAAGAAUACAGAAAUGCAGAAAAUGUUGUGAGCUACUGUGACACAUGGUAUCAACAUUGUAUCAAGAUUCUCAGAUAGUUAUCCAAUUGAAAAAUAGUUUGGUUUAAUCUUUUGUUUACCCAUUGACAAAUGGUGUUCAAGUAUCAAUAGUUAGAAAUCUGGGAAAUUUUUGAAGUUUUAAACAGUGAGGCUGAAAUCCUGAAGCUGGAAACAGGAAGUUGAAUUUGCCCAUUAUGCAGUUUUAAAAAAAUCUGUUGUUGAAACGUAGAAACAAGUAGUUGGAGGCUGGAAAUCUGUUUAAAUCUGUUGAAUGCAGUAGUGGCAGCAACUGGUGGUUCAAAUUAUGAAGUCUCAUUGAAACUUAAUGCUGAAUUAUCACAAUGCAGAAUGGAGGUUGAACCAAUCGAAAUGCACAUCAAAAUUUGAUGAAGUUACUGACCUACUGCUGUACCAAUCUUUUAACUGAUGUUAUGAUCAAUUAGAGGAUUGAAUUCAAGUUUUUAUUGAUUGAAAUGUUAAAUGAGGGACAUUGACAAGUUCAACUUUUCAAUUAUCAUGCUUAUAUGAUUUGGAAUUCCAUAUCUUGAUACUCAAUCCGGGAAAUUGAAUUAAGAUCAGUGAUACAAGGAAGUCUUCUGAUUUUGUGUAUUUGCUGUUGCUAAUGGAAGAGCUGUGGGUUAAACUCAGUUUGCUAGUUGGAUACAUGUGGAGUUUCAUUGCCCGAGACGAGCAAAGAUUCAAGUGUGGGGGAGAUAGGCACAUGUUGAGGUUCCAAUAGAUUUAUUGUCAAGUGGUAUUCUUUCUUGAACUAAAUUUUGUAUGAUUCAAAUUCUGGAAUUGUGAAUGCAGAGCCAAAAUUUGAGGCUGAAUUGUUAUUGCUGGAAUAUUUUAAGUUGGUUUCAUUUCUUACCAAUGCAGUUUUUCUGAUGGUUAGAAAUGAUGGUGUAUGUUUACUUCUUUUCAAGUUGUUAUGAUCCAGAACGUGCAGCUUCAGUAAGUCAAAACAGCAAGUUAAAGAAGUGCAGUGAAGGUUCAGUUUUGAAUCUGUAAGUGCAGUCUUGUGCCAAGGUUUGGAAAGAGAUAGAAUUGAAAUGAAGUGAAGAUGCUAUACUCUAACAGAGAGUUAAUGGCAUGGCUUCCUAGGUUCGCAUACAAAGAAAGCAGAGCUCAGAUAUUUCAGAAAGAAAAAAAUUAGUCAAGCAUCAAAAGGGGUAUGGACCCGAUCAGAUUGGACCACACUUUGGCUCAAAUCAAAGGCAAAUCAAGUCGAUCAAGCCUCGGAGCAUUAUGGGCCAUUCAUCCAAGAUUGAGCAGAUCUGAGCCAUCCAUUGAAGAUCUGGCCGAUCCAACUUAAUGGGGAGCAGAUCUGAGCCAUUUAUGAAGAUCCAGAAGUUUUGAUCCAGAUCUGAGUUCAUCCAGCCAUUGAUCCAGCCGAAUAAAUUUGAACCGUUCAUUUAAGACUGGGUGGAUCUAGGCCAUCCAGUGACGAUCUGAUCGAUCCGACCUACAGGAGAGUAGAUCCAGACCCUAGAUCAACAUCAGUACCUUCGGAUCGGAUUUUCGAUGACUCUUCACCGUUGAUUUAGCUCCAAAUCAAUCUCAGCCGUCGGUUCAAAUCUGAGAUCUGUUCAAAUGAGAAGCUACAGUGUUCCAGCUUCUUCAUCGAUUCCUCCGCGCUCAGCUCCGCGUCCCGGCAUCUUUCUUCAGGAUUUCGGCCCCAUCCUCCUUCAGAUCUACUUCUCUUCGAGUCUAAUUGGCUUUGGAGCUUCCAUUCUUUUGCUUCUAGGCUCGGAUCUUUUGCACGCGCCGGCGAACAUCUCUCCGGAGCUCAGAUCUGUUCGUAUGUCCUCUGUUUCAGCCAUCAUCUGGGAAAUUCUUCGGUGAUAGUGGCUUGCUCUCUAUCAGAGAGUAUCGAUCCAGAGAAAUCGGAUUCAAGAUCUGCGAAAUUUCGAGCUGUGCAGUGCCAAUCUUCACCGGCUUUUCCAGGAAAGUUUUCCUUGGUGCUGGAAGAGAUUGAAUUGAGUUGAAGUUUUCAUUCAAUUAGCUUGUAUUGUAGCAAGGGAAGACUUGUUAGAGGAGUAGUUUUGAUUGGAGAUGGCUUAGAGUUUAGUUGUGCAGUUUAUAGUUUCUGCGUUUUUGUUUCCUUUAGAUGUUGUCAUUGAAUUCAUUGUUUCUUUAAUUCUGAACUAUAUAGUUCUAGUUUUGUUUCCUUA